UGCGCGCAGAGCGCCUGCGUUGAGCUGACAGUUCGUUUCAAGUAGAUCAGGUCAGGCUAGAAUGGCAGUUGACUCCGAAUUUUGUUUGUUUACACCGGAGCGCGCACAGAUUUCAUUUUGGAUUUUGGAUUAUGUUGCCAGUUGUUUUCGACUUUAUCAAGCAACGAGCCAGUAAAUAAUGUGUUUUUAACAUUUAGAAAUUUUGUAUUUCAGAGAAAGGAGACGACGAUAUUUUUUGGAGCAAAGUAAUUACGAGUUGAUAAUCUAAAAAUGCCAAAAAGAAGCACGCGUGACGUUCUACUGUCAAUUGUAGAUGACAUUGAGAUGAUAUCCAAAGAAUUGAUAGAAAACAUAAUAGCUGAGAAGCAUUCAAAGCUGUCCACUGCUGAUCAUACAAAUCUUAUUGAGCUUCUGAUGUAUAAGGACAAGGAGUUAAAAUCAGUAUUAGUGAAGGCAGAUGAGCAAGCUAAGAUAAACCAAAAAAUGGAGGCUCUUAAGGCUGAAGUGGACUACCAGGACCAGGUCAUACAGCAGCUACAGCGACAGCUGAAAGAAACUGAACAGAUAUUGGCAACAGCCAUAUAUCAGUCAAAACAGAAACUCCGGUCCAUAGCCACAGCAAAUAAGAGGCCAGUAUCUUCGGAGGAGCUCAUCAAAUUUGCCCUAAGUACAACCAAUGCAAUGUGCGCUCCUCUAACGUGGCAGCAAGGAGAUCCAAGAAGACCCUAUCCCAUAGAGAUUGAAAUGAGAAUGGGCUGGCUUCAACAGUUGGAGUUGUAUAAUACUUCUCUGACUAGACAGAUGUUUGGACUUCAAUCAAGUUUCUCCUCAGAUCUGCACAUGCCUACAGAACCACCGGUAGCACAAGCCAGUAGUCACUUUGCCUGGCAUCCAUCAGGUGACCUUCACAUGUCAGUUGGUGCUGGGCAACGUUCAGUGCCCAUCACUGCUCACAAGCGAAAGUCUGAGGAUAUUGAGAUGAUGUCAACAGACUCCUCCAGUACCUCGUCAAGUGAUUCUCAAUAAAACUGCGUACUCUCUAAUUUUUUGGUCAACUCCUUUGUACAUACUUCAUACAUUUAUAAUAUUAUAAUAAAGUAUUUCUCAUUUUUUAUAAAAAUACAA